CCUACGAGAACCACGCUCUGCAAACGAUCCGGAGAAAGCGUUCAACAAGUCGAGGCCAGCGAUCCUGGCAUUGACACUACUACCGCCAGGUGCUGUAUUAUUUAACGCGUCGACGAUCAAUGAUGGUUUUUUUUAUGGAUCGAGUAACUUUUCCGCGGUGACUUCCUUCGUAUUUCCACGAUGGCGGCGCACUUGGCCGACCUCGUUCGAAGGAUAGGCUUGGAUAGAGCCGAUAUCUUCGGAUAAUACAAGUCCGGCAGGAUGCUGGACCGUUUUAGGGCCGCGUUCAAGUGUUCUGUGCCGAAAUGUGGCAAUUUCCGAUUUCCAGGGAUGGAGAAACCCGAGUCCUCCACCGGGGAUGGGAGCAAUGAAGAACUCGAGGACAGGGAUCCGAACAGUUUGAACAAACACCUGCAGGUGAUGUGGGAUGAUGUGAUCGGUGAACCGGAAGGAAUACGCAGUCCGGAGUGCGCAUGGCGGUUGAGCGGACACUGCUUCCGAUUAUCCAGAAGAUGUUGUUACGUGUUCCUCUCCGUCCUGAUCGCUCCUUUUCUCUCUCUCUGUCUAGGCCUCACCUUCGCCUGCCUCGCGUUUCAGCAUAUUUGGUGUUUGGCACCGUGUCUCCGUGUUUGGAAGAUCACUUGUGCCGCGACGAGAAAUUUCCUUAGUGUUGUCACGCAAGCCGUCGUGCGUCCCAUCAUGGAGUCCCUUAGCUAUCUGUUUCACAACAUUCGAGUAUUCAACAAAAAGUUGCCGGAUGGUCCUGCGGAGAAAGACGAUAUCCUCGUGGUGUAAAAUUAAUAAAAUUUUAUCAAGUGCCUUUCGAAUCGAUCUAUAAUGAUCAUCAUGAAAUAUUCUAUCUUUCUCCUAUUUUUCCAGUAACAAUCGUUUUCUCACAUUUCUAUUCCGUGAUUGCAAUUUUAAUUGUUACGGUGUAGAGUUGUAGGUAGUGAAAAAUACUGGUUAAUCUUUGAUCAUUAAAAUAAUAAUAAUAAUAAUAAUAAUAAUAAUAAUAUAUAUAUUAGUAUUGAUUGUUAUAAAUUUUUGUAAAUAAAAUACAUUCUA